CAAUAUUUCUUGGGUACACAAGCAACACAAAUCAUUGCAUUCCUCAAGUAUCAGAAUUCAGAUAUUUCUUUCUUAUACGUGUCCUUUGACAUCAAUAUAUUAUUUGUUGUGUGGAGCAAUAGAAAACAAUGGGUUUCCGCAUAGCAGGUAUUAUUGGACUGACAUCAUUUUCUACAACCCAAGCUGCUUGCAAAGGGGUUGAAGUACCAAAAGGAUAUCUUGCAGUCUAUGUUCGAGAUAAGAUGAGGCGGUUUGUGAUUCCAGUAUCAUACUUGAAUCAACCUUCAUUUCAAGAAUUACUAAGUCAAGCAGAAGAAGAAUUUGGAUAUGAUCAUCCAACUGGUGAUCUCACAAUUCCAUGCCAGGAGGAUGAGUUCCUAAGCGUUACCUCUCACUUGAAUGAGCUGUAAAUCAUGUUAAUGGAGACAGAUAGAUUAGAUGAGGCAAAUUUGUACAGAAGGCACUUUAUUUUAUUGUAAAGAUUUUCCAUUUUGUUCUCUUGAAUAAUUCCGUUGGAAGUUGAAACCUGCUGCUUAAAUGAUAGUGCAACACAAGACAUUGUGUUUAAACA